CGACCGUCUGACGCUACAGCCUUUGAAAUGGCGUUGAUGUAGUUCAAUUCGCCGUUAUUUUGUAGUUAUUGUGCUCGUUUUGGUUGCCUCAUAUUUUAGUUUUCUGGUCAAGUGUAAACUUCUGGACCUGGCCUCUUUAUUUGGGCAUUACGGAAUUCAUAAACAAAAAUGUGGUAAAUCAAAUUGUUUAUAGUUUACGUUGCAUAAUAAGGCCGCAGCCAGCCCCGAGCUUGCGUAGGGAUUACAGCGGCGUGUGUGCGCUCGGCCUGCCGCAGCUAGGUUUUGGUUUCCAGGUGAAUCCCGGUGGACAUGUGUAUCAGUAACGGGAAUCUGGAAGUGAAUUCAAAUACAAUAACCAUAACAUUACCCUUGCAAACGUUACAUUAUUAAUAUACAUAUUUAGUUUGUUGAAUAGUCCCCCCCCCCCCCCCCACCACCUGAUUUACAUUUUGACAUUAGUUUAAAGCUCAUUCCCCCACAUACUCACUCAAUAUGGCAUCGGUGCCAGUCUACUGCUUGUGUCGGCUGCCAUAUGAUGUGACACGCUUCAUGAUCGAGUGUGACAUUUGUCAAGACUGGUUCCAUGGAAGCUGUGUUGGAGUGGAGGAGGACAAAGCAGCUGAGAUUGACCUCUAUCACUGCCCCAACUGUCAAGUCACCCAUGGGCCAUCAGUCAUGCGCAAACGCCGCGGGGGCAAUAAGCAGAUAGAUGGUGGUGCUGCUGGAGCAAGAGAUCCAAGUCGGCCUGUGAAGACAGGCAGCCCUCAGUUUGUUAGGGAGCUACGCAGCCGCAACUUCCCUGGUGCGGAUGAAGUCUUGCUAAAGCCGUCUGGGGCCCAGCUGACAGUUGAGUUCCUGGAAGAGCAUUCAUUCAGUGUUCCUGUCAUGGUGCUGAGGCGUGAUGGCUUAGGCAUGACCCUUCCUCCAGCAUCAUUCGGCGUCAGCGAUGUGGAGCAUUACAUCGGUUCAGACAAACAGAUUGACGUGAUUGAUGUUUCUCGCCAAUGUGACCUGAAGAUGCGGUUGGGAGACUUUGCUGAAUACUACAACAGCCCCAACAGAGAAAAAGUGCUCAAUGUCAUCAGCCUGGAGUUCUCUGAGACCAGGCUCUCAAACCUGGUGGAGACUCCAAAGAUUGUGAGGAAACUUUCCUGGGUGGAAAACCUCUGGCCGGAAGAGUCUGUGUUUGAACGCCCCAAUGUGCAGAAGUACUGCCUAAUGGGAGUGAAGGACAGCUACACAGACUUCCACAUUGACUUUGGAGGCACCUCAGUAUGGUACCAUGUCCUGAGGGGCGAGAAAAUCUUCUACCUAAUUUCCCCCACUGCAGCCAACUUGGCACUUUUUGAGCGGUGGAGUUCCUCAUCUAACCAGAAUGAGAUGUUCUUUGGAGACCAAGUUGAUAUGUGUUACAAGUGCUCUCUCAAACAAGGAAACACCUUGUUCAUUCCAACAGGGUGGAUUCAUGCUGUGCUGACUCCAGUGGACUGCCUGGCCUUCGGAGGAAACUUUUUGCAUAGUCUCAACAUUGACAUGCAGUUGCGGGCAUAUGAAAUAGAGAAGAGACUGAGCACAGCAGACCUGUUCAGUUUUCCCAACUUUGAGACUGUGUGCUGGUAUGUUGGAAAGCACCUUCUUGAUACCUUCAGAGGUUUGAGAGAAAACCGCAGACAUCCUGCCACGUACCUGGUUCACGGAGCUAAGGCCUUGAACAAUGCCUUCCGCACCUGGACCCGUAAAGAGGCUUUAGCAGAUCAUGAAGUGGAGAUUCCAGAAACCAUCAAUACUCAGUUACUAGUGAAGGACCUGGCCAAGGAGAUUCGCUUGGUUGAGGACAUCUUCCAGCAAAACAUUGGCCGCAGUGGACCUCAGUUUCCUGGUUCGCCACUUCCUAAAGCUCCUCUGACCACCUCUCAGAAUUCAGGACGCCCCCCUGGAAAAAAGAAAGGAACCAAGCCCAAGGAGGUGAUGGGGGGUCUCGGGCCCCCAGUAACCAAGAAGAAGAGUCAGAAGGGGCUCCUUAAGGCAGAAGCAGGAGAACUUGACCUCAUUGAGAUCCAGACCAAACAUACACUCAAAAAAAGUCAACAUGGCAAGUCCAAAAACAAGAACAAGCUUGAGUUGCCUUUAGAUGGGUUUGAAAGGAAGAUAAAUAAAAGCAAACUCAAACUUGUGCUUACAAAUGGAAAGCUCAAAGGUAAGAAGGACCGCAGCAGUAAUGGUGCGGGAAGGGCAGGAAAGUUCAAACAUCUCGCCAUGGAGGGAUCCAGUCCGUCUGACUUUGAGUCCGAGGAUGAGCUGCAGAUAGACGAGACCCCUCCUCCACGACGCAAGCCUGCAGGACCGAACAAGAGAAAGAAAAUAAGUGGUCUUCCAAGGAAGUUGCCGAGAGCCAAACCCUGCUCUGACCCCAAUCGCAUCAGGGAGCCAGGAGAGGUAGACUUUGACAUUGAGGAGGAUUACACGACGGAUGAAGACGCACUAGCCGCCCACGGAGUAAAGGGUGGCGCGGGGGGCAUUCUGGACUUAUUGAAGGCCAGCAAGCAAGUUGCAGGCUUGGACUCUGCAUCGCUCAGUGAGGAAGCCCCAGCCUCUCCAAGUACUCGUGAUGCCAUACAGGGUAUGCUGUCCAUGGCCAACCCCCCUUCCUCGUCCUCAUCUUCCUCCUCUUCAUCUCCCCUAUCCAUUUCUGGAGGCCUGACAGAGGGAUUAGGGGUGGUCAAGGAAAAGGGUGGCAAGGCUGUAUGGGUGACUGGAGGGGUCAAAAAGACAAGGACUCCUGAGAAGAAACCUGUAAUCCAGCGCCCUGGCAAACGGCCAAUUAAACGGCCAGUCCGUCACCUUAGUGAAGACGACAGUCCAGACGAGCAAGAGACUCUGGGAACCUGUUUUAAAGAUUCAGACUAUGUUUACCCGUCCUUGGAGUCUGACGAGGAGGACCGUGCUAACAAGGCAAGGAUGAAGCGGAAGAAAAACUGGGAUGACACACCUUGGAGCCCCAAAGCCAGGGUGAUGCCCACGCUACCUAAACAGGAUCGACCAGCCAGGGAAGGGGCUCGAGUCGCAUCUGUAGAAACUGGUCUUGCCGCAGCUGCUGCCAAGCUGGCACAACAAGAGCAACAAAAGCCCACAAAAAGGAAGUACACCAAAAAGCAGCGUCCUCCGGCUCCUGUAGCCCCUCCCCCCCCUGUUCAGACUGAGCCAGCCCCUCCCUCACCACCACCUGCUCCAGAGACUGCAGCAGACUCCAGCCCAGACAGGAGGAUGGAUUAUUACUCUGCUAGUCUGUUGGACCAUGAAUACACUGCAGGGCCAGGACCCUUUGGCCCUGGAGGCCCCAGAGGCAGUGGAGCCAUGGCCCCUGGUGUAUUCCUCACUUCACGCCGACCUUCACUUUCUCCACAGAACAGCAGCUCUCACUCUGCUACAUCCCCUGCAGGAUUAGCCAGCCAAGGCACAACAGGAGUCGGUCAAGGGAAACGUCCAAAGAAAGGACUUGCAACUGCAAAACAGAGACUUGGAAAAAUUCUGAAAAUUCAUCGUAACGGCAAACUUCUCUUGUGAGAGAUGUUGGAAGAAUGGCUGAAAACUUAAAAGUGGGAAUGAAGAAAAAAGCUUUUGUGAAAGUAGGUCUUAAGGAAAUAGAGAUAGUGAUUUAUAUUUUGUACUCUAUAUAAAUGUGUUAACUGUUUUCAGCUGUUAUUGAACCUCACGAUCUCUUGUCCUACACCAUUUACUCUGCCCAUUUAUCCAUAUCUUCUAAAAUGGUAUUUCAGAGGCAUAUGUGUGACUUUAAACAAAUGGUAGUUACUUCUUUGUGAUCACAAACCAUUUGACAUUGGCAAUUGGAAAAUGUGACGCACAUCUCAAAAUGUAGGUGGACAUGGAUUAAACUAGCAUGUUAAAUUUACAAAACCCAAUUGUUUAUUUUAUUUAGGCAUAUUUAGGUGGUUCUACUUAUAGAAAGACGUUAUACUCUCCAUCAUACAUUUCAAAAAGGGAAGGAAAAACAACACAUUUUCUAGUCAGGUAAAAUGUAAUGUCUGUAUUUAACACACAGUCUUGCAGUUGUCUUGCAGUUGUCUUGAGUUGUCUUUCUUUAUUUCUCAAAACACUUUUCUUGUAUGCUGAUUACAGAAUCCCAAUCUUGACACAAAAUAAGCAGUGGUGCAAAAAUUCUGUGUAUGCAAAUGGUCAGCAGCACCCAAAUUUCCACAGGUAUAAGAUGAUGUUUGUACAACUCAUUUUCCUCCAUAAUUUGUAGCUAUAUACACAAAGGUCAAAGUGCUCAACUGAUGCCAAGAGUAACAUCACACAGUUCUAUUUAUUGUGAUCAUAUUUAUUUUAACAAGGCAUCCUUUUGCCAUCUCUCAGCUUGUUGAAUAUGGUAUGUUUUACCACUUCAUCGUCUUGUUCCCUACUUUUAUUAUUUUCAACCACUCAAUACCUGUACAAAAAUUGUAUCAAUUGCUUUGUUAGAUUUUUUUUUUUACAGUUUGUUGUCAUUGUAAAUAUUUGUAAUAUUUGUAAUUUAUAUAGCUACAUUGGAAGAGUAGAAAAGUUGUAUGUGAUGAAGAAACUAGUUUCCUGCCAUAAUUUGUGCCCCAAGUUUUGGUAGCAGUCUUGGGCCAGAUCUAGAUAUUUCCAGGGAUUGCACUGGUUCUAAAAACGUCAGCAGAAGUGUAGAUUUAACUGUGUGAGAACAUUUUGAAGGCGCAGGACACAAGUUGAUAUGUAAAUAUAUGUUGUAAUUUAAGUUCUUUUAUAGUUCAAAAACUUUGAAAUCUUUCUUAACAUAACUUGUACAUGAUACAUUGCUCUAUUUGGAAAUAUCUGAUUUUUUUUUUUUUUUUUUUUUUAUAUUUGUACGCAGUAAUUGUCUUGCUGCUUAGUUUGUCAUGUUGUCCUGUCAGUGUAAUAGUGUACAUGUUCUGGAAAAAAAUGCCCUUGUCUUCUAGCAUCCAUGUAUUAUUUUUUUUUUAACUAUUGUUGAUAUUCACUCUUGUGUUGGUGUGUACUGUGUGUUAAACAUGAUAUGUUUAAAUACAACCUGGAAAAGAUAAAAUAUACAUUGGGCAAAAUUAA